UAUGUUGGCAUGAAAGGACGUUAUGGUCUACGUAUGAAUUUUUAUUGACAUUUCUUUUUUUGUUGAGUUUCUUUAAGGAUUAAGGGGUGGAAUUAUACUCAUUUCUACCACUGUAGCUAUGACACUUUUAAGAAUUCGGGAUUUUGGUUUUUGGGAUUUUGGUUUCCGGGAUUUUGGCGUUUGGGAUUUUGGUUUUCUGGAUUUUGACCGGGACCCGUAUAAAAUAUUGUUUAAAGUGUCUUAAAUUCGAAUGUAGGGUCUCAUUCGUAGCGAAACGCUAGACUAUUUUUCCGAUUUUUCUCAUUCAUUUUUCACAUACAAACGAUUUUAAAAGCCCACCACAUUAUACCAUUAGACUUUAAAAAAUUUGUAUAAAAUUUUAUUACAAAAGCAUUAACUAAUCGUAAUUUGAAUAUAUAAUUCUAUAAAAUAUUUAGUUUCAUUGUGUUUUCUAUUUAGCCAGAACUUUGAGUGUUUUCAAACUUUAUCUAAUUAGAUUAUAUAUAUAACAGUACAAAAAAAUAUGCGUUUAAAUAUUUAAUUGCAAGUAGAUAAUACUUUCUUGUAUAAUUUUUUAGGAAAAAUAUGGAGUUUUAAAUCUUCAAACGAAAUACUUCAAACGUAAAGUACGCUGUUUCUGGGCCUGAGUCCUUAAACGUUUUUUCAGCAACUUGUAUAUUUAAGAGAUUGGGAGACUGUGUGGGGAGGCAGACGAUGAAUGCUCGAAGAUCAUCCGGUGUGGUGGAGAACACCGAAAUGGACAUCCUGACUGAGGAGGCCAUCAAGCCUGGUAAAAGUCACGAAGGUGAUCAGGAGAUGAAGUCACCAGGCACGAAUCGUUGGUAUCUCGUGGGUGUUCAUGUGAAGAUAGCAUUUCUCAGCAUCUGUUGGGUGUACUUUGUGUGGAUGCUGCUGGUGAAUGGGGAGAAAAAAGUGCAAUUUGUCGGAGUGUCUGUGCCAAUGGGUGGCAGGGAGUUACCGUUACACAUAUUGUCAGAUUCAUUCAUCCUGCUGCUCAAUGGACCCUUUCGUUCGUCCCAUGAUAUAGUCAGUGGGAGUGGAAAUUAUCUAUUUGUCUCUGCUGGGGCAAAUGGGAGUGAGGAUGUGUGGGCAUUAGCUAUGUUGGAAGAUCUCGAGAAAUCACCACAAUUUACAGUGAAGAAGAGGUUCGUAGCUCAAGGUGGUGCAUCAAUUCGCUUGUGGACAAAUAUGUCAAGUAAUGUCUUAAUACGUAUGGGUGUUGAUUUAGAGGCAUUUGAUGAAGUGCAUGGAGUAAUUUAUGCUACAAUCAUUCUCAUUGUUCUCUAUGCCCUGAUUAUCUGGGAUGUUGUUCAUCGUACUUUUGCUGCUAUUCUAAUGUCAACACUAGCUAUUGGGGUGCUAGCCAUGCUGGGUGAUCGUCCCACAGCACAGGAGGUAGUCAGCUGGAUUGAUUACGAAACUAUCCUGUUGCUCUUUAGCAUGAUGAUAUUUGUGGCCGUUAUGAGUGAAACGGGCAUUUUUGAUUAUAUCGCGGUAUGCACCUUCCGGAUGACACAGGGUCGGAUUUGGCCACUUAUCCAUGGACUUUGUCUUGUCACCCUCGCCAUUUCAGCCUUCCUGGAUAAUGUCACCACAAUCCUCCUUAUGACACCGGUCACUAUCCGACUGUGUGAAGUCAUUAAACUUGAUCCUGUGCCCGUUCUUAUGGCUAUUGUUAUCCAUGCCAAUGUCGGUGGCACGGUAACACCUGUCGGAGAUCCACCAAAUGUGAUAAUCACUUCAAAUCAAUUUAUUGCCACCAAUGGGGUAACAUUUCUCACGUUCACGUCCCACAUGGCCACAGGGGUGGUUUUUGUUGUGGUGCAGACAUUGCUGCAAUUGCGAUUGCUUUUUCGAGAUGUCAAUGCAUUGCGAACUGUGAUGCCUGAGGACAUUGAAAGAGUCCAGCAAGAAAUGCACACAGCUUCAGACACGGAAAAACCCCAACUCCGGCUUCAGAUGAAAAAGCUGUCGACAAAGGGUAUCGUCAAUAGAGAUGAAUACAUGAGGACACUCCAUGAACUGGAGUCACUCUAUUCAAUUAGGAAUAAGCCACUGCUUAUAAAAUCCACCAUUUGUCUCGCAUUCAUCAUCAUUCUCUUCUUUGUGCAAUCCAUUCCGAGUAUCCAUAGUAUUUCUGUAGCAUGGGUAGCAUUUCUCGGUAUGUUAUUACUUCUUAUACUGCACAACAAGUCCGAUAUGGAAGAGAUCCUGGCCAAAGUGGAGUGGGCAACUUUGCUUUUCUUUGCCGCCAUGUUUGUCCUCAUGGAAUGCCUCAGUCGUCUGGGACUAAUAAAGUGGAUUGGUGAGCAGACUGAGUACCUCAUCCUAGCUGUUCCACUCCGCUAUCAACUUGCCAUGGCCAUCAUCAUCAUUCUAUGGGUGUCUGCUAUUGUGUCGGCGUUUGUAGACAGCAUCCCUGUGACCACAAUGAUGGUGCGGAUUGUUGUUGGCCUGGCACAAAACAGUAAGCUAGGCCUACCAUUGCAACCAUUAGUAUGGGCUCUGGCUUUUGGGCCUUGCCUCGGAGGAAAUGGUACUCUUGUCGGAGCAUCGGCCAAUGUGGUGUGCGCAGCUCUUGCCCAGCAGAGAGGUCACAUCAUCACAUUUCGCGCCUUUUUCAGAUUUGGAUUUCCACUAAUGUUGGGCAGUGUUAUUGUCACCACCGGAUAUUUAAUACUAGCUCAUGUCGUGUUCUCUUGGCACUGAAUGCUUGGAGGUAUUACACAAUAUAUUUCAUCAGGGUAGAGUAAUGUGCUGUUCUUGCCGAAAUAUUUCACGAAUUUCUCAGGUAACACAUUCUGUACUUAAUAAGACCUUAUUAAGGACUUUACAAUUUUGAACAAUGUUGUUAAUAAAGAACAUUAAUAAUGACUGAAACUUCUAGAAUAUCCUUUAGUAAAACAACGUUAUGUGUGA